AUGAAUUCAUGGCUGCUCAGGCACGGCCAGCCAGCCUCCUCUCGCCUCUUCUCGGCCACCACACGACGGCGGCAGAUCCUCGACGUGUCGACGCUGCCCGACAGGAUCGUUCCUGCCUACCAGGAGUCGCCCACCUCGUCUCUGCUGGCCCUGCAUUGGCCCCAGGCCCCGAGAAACAUUCUUCUCAUCCCGAAGCUGCAUGCGCCCCAGGUCACCCUCUCCGCAGUCGCCUUCGCAAAGCACCUCCACAGCAAUUACCCCGACCUCAACCUCAUCUUCGAGAGUCGCAUCGCCAAUGCCAUCCACGAGGAUCUCCCCUUCCCCGUCUACACUACGAGCUCCAGCGACCCCGCCACGCAGUUCCCCAACAAGAUCGACCUCGUGACCACCCUCGGCGGAGAUGGCACCAUCCUCCGCGCGGCGAGCCUCUUCUCGCUGCAGUCUAGCGUGCCCCCCAUCCUGUCCUUUAGCAUGGGCUCUUUGGGUUUCCUUGGCGAGUGGAAGUUCGAGGAGUACAAGAGGGCAUGGCGCGAGGUCUACAUGAGCGGCAGCGGCGUGGCCGUGGAAGACCUCGUGGGCCCUCACACCCAAGCCGCCAAGGCCAAGGCCGCCGAGGAAGGAAGGGAACUGGAGGCUCCCAUACACGGCUGGGAGUCACCGGUACGUGGCAAGUCAAUGGGCGUCAACAGGGCCUCAAAGAUUCUCCUCCGCCAUCGACUCAAGGUCGGUGUCUACGACAACAACGGUGUCAACAUCAGCAACCAGCUGAUGCCCACCUCCACGGCUGAACCUCAGCACCGUAUACCUUCGGCCAUCGCGGGCACAGCAGAAGCCGGAGUGCCCAUGCCGGCUAUCAAGAAACUCCCGUCUUUUCACGCCAUCAAUGAGCUCUUGAUCCAUCGGGGGCCUCAUCCUCAUCUUGCAAUCAUUGAUAUCUACUUAAAUAACCACUUUCUAACCGAGGCCGUCGCUGACGGCAUCCUAAUAAGUACGCCUACGGGGUCAACAGCAUACUCGCUCAGCGCUGGCGGAUCAAUUAUCCACCCACUCGUGGGCUCUCUACUGAUCACACCCAUCUGCCCGAGAAGCCUAAGCUUCCGCCCCCUGGUUCUUCCCUUGAACACCAAAGUUGUUCUAAAAUUGAGCGAGAAAAACCGCGGGCGUGAGCUAGAAGUCAGUAUUGAUGGCAAGAGGCGCCUCGGCGCAAAAAUUGGGAUGGAGGUCCGCGUCGAGGGCGAAAUGGUUGGCCGGUCCGGGGAUGGAAGCUGGAGGGGAGGUGUGCCGUGCGUAAUCCGGGCGCCUCGCAAGGGCGAUGCCGAUGGCAUAGCUGAAGACGACGACGGAUGGGUUGGAGGUCUGAAUGGGUUGUUGAAGUUCAACUAUCCGUUUGGAGAGGCUCCUUAA